AUGCAAGCAGACGUUAGCACUUCUAACUUGGCUGAAAGUAUUUCCAAUAAGGCAGAGAUGGACCUGGUAUUGUCAUCAAACGAUCGAGUGGGUUCAAAGUCUGCCGCAGAUACCACAACGACAACUACGACAGCAACGACAUCAACGACAACUUCAUCAUCAAAGAAAACUUCAUCAUCAUCGCCGAAUCAAAAUGGUCAGGAUCCAGAAAACUUUUCAUCAUCGUCAAAGUCAAAAGAACCAAAAAUUCUUACACCGCUGAAACCAGUAUCAAUAGAAUCAGAUAAUCACAAAACUACAGAGAAACCAGCAUCAUCUUCUAAGCAAGCUGUGCAAAAUACAUCCCAUCUCAAGCAAAAUGCAUCUCAACCCAAGCAAAAAACAUCGAGACGACGAGCCAAAGACAAUAAUAACCCCUGGAUUUUUUCUGAAUCAACUGUUAUUAGUAAAUCCCCAAGCAUAGCGCAGUUCAAAAUGACCCUACCGCAGGAGUUGCGCCUCAAGGAGUCUAUCCAUGAUUUCGUCAUCAAGUUGGGCAGAAAACUUGACGUUAACGCACCUACCAUUCUCGCCACCUCGAUAUAUCUCCACAGAUACUAUAUGAGACAACCCAUAACAACGUCAAAGUACAUUGUAGCUUCUGCAGCGCUCACCAUUGCAGGCAAAUUGAACGACUGCGUACGACCUCCAGAUAAGAUUAGUUUAUAUGCAUGCAACUUGAAAAACCCAAAAGCUGCAAAAUAUCCACCCCCAGGUUCGGGGUCGAGUUACCAGCCACCACCAAUCGACGAGAGCAGUGAAAUUUUCUGGAACUGGAGAGAUCAGUUAUUAUACCGAGAGGAGUUAAUCUUGCGCAAAUUAGCAUUUGACUUGAAUUUCCCAUCACCGUACUUGUUCCAAUUCAAGAUUCUCAAUAAAGUACAUGCAGGAAUGGGACAAUUGCUUUAUGACAAUAUAAAGGACAUUUUGCGUAUGGCUAUAAAACUAGUGGAGUUAUUAUCAAGCUUGCCUACUAUUUUGUGUUACGAUAUGAUGGAGCUUUUUGCAACAUCCUUUGUAAUUAUUAUCCUCGAGGGCAAGACAUCUAAUCCUGCAUUAAAGGAUUUAAAAAUCCCCGUGGAGUUUUUUGAUGAGAUAUUGGAAGUGGAUUUGGAGCAGGUAUUGAAAUGUUUUAGAUUUCUAAAAUAUUUGUUGCAAGCUUCACAAGAUGAUCCGAAAUGUGUUAGCAAUAGAAACGCAGCAAAGCGUAUUUUACGUAUAAAAUCGGCACUUUUUGAAGAAGUAGCAAGAGGUGGGUAA